GAACGUGAUGCGACUGUCAUUUUUAUCGCACCUGCCACACGAACGAGAAUCAUAUGAUGCUAGCGAAUAUACUCCGAGAAUACAACAUUAAUAAAAUACUUUUGUCGUGUUUAGGUCUCUGGCCAUUUCAGCAUAAGUUCGCGAGACGUGUAUUAUCAAUAGUCUGCUUUACGAUCGCAAUAAGUUAUUUGCCAUUCGAGAUAUUAACAUUAUAUAUACACAGGCAUAAUGGGCAAAUGAUUGCUGAAUGUUUGUAUCAACUGGUUGUAACAACGGCUUUUCUCGUAAAACUAUUGAACCAGAUUUGGAAUCGCGACAAGUUCCGACGUUUAUACAUGAUCAUGGAGAAUCAUUGGAAUAUAUUUACAAAUGAUUUAGAAGCACGUAUCUUGAAAAAUUAUUCUAAUAUAGCACACAAAUUUACAAUAUUAUAUUCAGUAACGUUAUACAGUAUGGUGACAAUGUUUAUAAUAAUACCUUCGGUAGGACCGAUGUUUCUCGAUGUUGUAUUACCUCUUAAUGAAUCGCGCUCUCGAAAUUUCGCAGUGUACGCUGAGUACGGGAUAGAUCAAAAUAGGUAUUUCGUAUCAAUUCUUUUGUACACCAGUGUCAUGAUUGUAGUGGGUGUAUCAAUUAUGGUGGCUGUCGAUACCAUGCAUGUAGCGUGUACUGCACAUGCAUGCAGCUUAUUUCAGCUUAUCGGUCGACAAAUCGAGAACAUAAUAUCGAACGUGCGUACUGACGAAGAAAUUAAUAAAACUAAAUGUCGCACGAGGUACGAGUUAUUCGACGAGGAACUGAUAUAUCGCGAGUACGUCGUAUGUUUGAAGAAACAUCAACUUGCUUUGGAAUAUGUCGAUAUGUUGAACGCUACGCAUAGGAUCGUAGGAGUUAGCUUUUUAUUACUUAUUGUUGCGGCUUUUAGUUUGACUGGAGUUCGAAUCGUUUAUGUGUUAGACCAACUGGAAGAAAUGAUUAGGUUUACGUUUAUAAUUGUGGGAGCAUUGCUGCAACUGAUGAUCGUGUGUUAUUCUGGCCAGAAAUUAAUGGACGAAAGUCAGAACAUAUUCCAUCAGGCAUAUGCCACGGAAUGGUACAACUUCUCUCCAAGACUGAAAUCACUAUUAAGUAUAAUUCUUUACAGAAGUAUAGUACCGUGCAGAUUGACGGCAGGUAAUAUGUUUCCAUUAUCAAUGGCAGUCUUCGCUGGAGUAAUACGAACGGCUAUGUCUUACUUUACUGCAUUCUUAUCGCUGAAAGAAUAGUUGAGUCUAGAACUGAAAUGUUUAGCAAUUAUUCGUCAUUAGUUAGAAAAUAUCUUCAAUUCGAACAUCGAAUCGAUACAAACUGUAGAUAAAAAUUCAAAGAUUAAUAUUAUAACUGUAUUCGGUAAGAUGGGCAAGAGAAAACUUAAUUAAAACAGACAAGCUUUUGCAAGGUACAUCAUUAUUUUUAACAAAAUCACAUUUAUUAUUAAAUACACAAUCGUAUAAUAUCAGCUGAUGCGACUACAAUCAAUAUCACAGCAUUUUGUAGGUAGACAUUUAUGAUGUCGUUCAUUUCUUAACAAAAUAACUUAAACAGGAUUAUUGAUUCUUGUUAUAAUACUAUUAUAAUACAAUGUUACACAAUGGAUAUAAUUGAUGUGCUCUCGAACGAAAUUAAUCAGCUUUCUAAUCUUCGUAGGUUGAUUUAGACAGAAAUACGUUUUCAAAUAAAAACAUAUGU